GUCAUUCGGCACUCCUUCUCAUGUGCGCUGGAGCGGUCAUUCCUCUACCAUGGCCGCAUGUUCCUCUCAGGGGCGCACCUCUGCUUCCACUCCAACGUCUUCUCAAAGGAACUGACCGUGUGCAUUCCAUACCAAGACAUUGAGGAGGUGAGGUGGUGGGCAGGUGGAGAGGUUCGUCGCAGCACACACGCGCUGAUCAACCCAGCCAUGACGGUGGUGUUGCAUCUGGGCACAGGCGGACACGGGGUGCCUCCUCUACCCAGUCCCGAUGGUCGAGUGAAGUACAAGUUUGCAUCGUUUUGGAACCGGGGCCAUGCCAUGCGGCUGCUGCAGGAGGCGAUUGCGGAGUUCUGGAAGACCGAAGAGGCAGCUGCGCUGGAGGAGGAGCAGGAUCGGUUACGGGCGAUAAGCAUGAGGGACGGAGCAUUAGAAGGGUUGUCAUUUAGAGGAGCGGCUUUGGAAGCAGCAGAGGAGGAGAAGGAGAAACAACCCUUCCUCGACCUCACCGUGCUGGAGCACUUGCUGCAGUUCGAGGUGCCCUGCACAGCAGAAACCUACUUCAAUCUCCUCUACUCCGAUUCGUCUGAUUUCGUCGUGGUUUACCGAGCCAAGCGCAAGGACACAGAGCUGAAGGUGGGCGAGUGGAAGGAAACAGAGCAGUACGGAGGCAAGAUGAGGGAGGUGACCUAUCGCUCGCUCUGCGACUCCCCCAUGUGCCCACCCUCCACUGCCAUGACUGAGUGGCAGCACACGGCCUUCUCUGCUCCAGACCACAAGCACCUGGUCUUGGAGCUAAUAAACCAGGCGCAUGACGUGCCGUUUGGGUCCUACUUUGAGGUGCAUGCACAAUGGACAGUCAAAACGACUUCCGACAACCCCGAGAGCCCAUCGUGCAGCGCCGAGCUCAAAGCAGGUGUGCACUUCAAGAAGUGGUGCAUGAUGCAAGGGAAGAUCCGGCAGGGAGCGCAGGCAGAGAUGAAGAGGAACAGCCAGGCGAUGAUGGAGAUGGCAAUGACAUACAUAGCUGAGCGCACACAGGGCGGUAACCAGCCGGCUGAUUGUAACGCUGCUGGGAGCGUUGGGGCAGACAGCAGUGAUAGUAAUGGGAGAGGAAACGGGGGUGAUGUGAAGGUGGAGGAGGGAGGGGAAGCAGGGGGAGUGGAAGGAAGGGAGAAUCUUGUACCUGGUGGUGAUAGUAGAAGACAAGGAAGUGUAGACACCAAGCCAGGGUGUUACCUGGGAGAGGUGCGCCCGGGUGCUACCUGGGAGAGGUUUAUCUGGGGGAGGGGAGAGGGCAUCCAGGUGUUAUCCAGGUGGCAUCCAGGACCACUUCUGGAACCAGGAGGAGGUGCGAGCGUGCGAGUGUUGCUCGGUGGGCACUCGCUCGGUAGAUUCCUGCCCGGUGGACAGGGGAAUCUAGGCUGUUCCUCCUUUCAGUUCCCCAUUCCUCCUCCCUUCGAUUCCCCACCCUUCCUUUCCACCCUCCUCCACCCCAUGCAGGCGACGGUAUGCCGCACGCUGCUAGAGAAGGGACAGCUGGGCCUGUCUCUCCAGGACCUCGCUCGCUUCACCGCCCUCCCACUAAUGCAACCUUUUUUCCUCCCCCUACUCCCUAUCCCUCCUCCUACCCCCUCCUAUCAGACAGUAUGCCGCACGCUAUUGGAGAAGGGGCAGCUCGGCCUGUCCCUGCAGGACCUCACUCGUUUCACCGCCCUGCCCCCCCCUUCGCUCCGCUCUGCUCUCCUGGUGCUAGUACAGCACAACUGCGCGCAGGCCUUUCGGCCACAGACUGAAGACACGGGUCCCCUGGCCCGCACACCAACCCUAUACAUCUCUCUGCAGGACUCCAUCCUGCCUCGCCUGCGCUUCCCCAAGUUCAUGGCGCAGACAAACGAACUGCUGGGAGACGAGCACUAUGUUCAGGCAGAAGCAGUGGUGGAGGCUCUUCUGGGGGACCACAGCCACCUGUCCCGCCCCCAGCUGGUGAAGCAGCCGAAGUUCCCUCAAUGUGUCAUCCUCCCUUUUCUUCCUGCACCCCCGCUCCCCCUCCCAACACACCUCCCGUCAGGCAAAGGUAAAGCAGAGGCAGUGGUGGAGGCUCUUUUGGAGCACGGCCGCCUGUUCCCAUGCCGCAUCUCUCCCCCCCCCCCCUCUCUCCACUUUUCCCCUUCCCCAUCCAGCACACACCUCGCCAGGCAGAGGCAGUGGUGGAGGCUCUUUUGGAGCACGGCCGCCUGGCACAGCGAUCAAAGUUCCCUCAAUGCCCCAUCCUCGCUUUAUUCUCCCUGUCCCCGUCCCACCCAACACACCUCUCAUCAGGCAGAGGCAGUGGUGGAGGCUCUUUUAGAGCACGGCCGCCUGUCCCUGCACCAGCUCGUGCAGCGAUCAGUGGCAAAGGCUGGCUCGUCUGAUCCCUCUGCUGCCAAGACCGAGGGUCAGAUUCGGCAGCAGCUGGUGGCGGCGCUGUCAGUGCUGAUCCAUGAGAGGCUCGUCGAGAGGGUCGGGGCCCCCGAGCCUAUGCUGCCGGCUCGGGGAGCAAGCAGCGGCGGCGAUGCUCCCAAGCCUGCUGCUCGUGCGCGAGUGCCCCCGUGUCUCACCCCACCCUCUCAGCGCAUGAGGGCAAUGAUGGAGUGGUCCGACUACCGCAUGCGGGCAACGAUGGAGUCGUCAGGCUACUUUGAUUCAGAGGAGCAUCGUGUGCGCACACGUGCCAUGAUGGAAUCGUCUGGCUACUUUGAUUCAGAGGAGCAUCGUGUGGUCAUUGCGGCGCGCUGCAGCGAUGCUCUGCGCUUCCAGCUGCCUGCUGCCUGGGUGCUGUCGGGUGGUGAUGGCGCUGGUGGCAAUGCUGUUAGUGCUGCUGCUGUGGAUGGGAGCGCAGGGGCGGAUGGGGGGAUGUCAGCAGCAGCAGCAGCAAAGCUGAAGCUGCCCGCUGCCUGGGUGCUGUCGGGUGGUGGUGGCGCUGGUGGCGGUGCUGCUAGUGCUGCUGCUGUGGAUGGGAGCACUGGAACAGAUGGUGGGAUGUCAGCAGCAGCAGCGGCCAAAUUGAAGGUGAUUAUUCGGAUCGUGGUGAUUGUGCUGGCGCUGGUGCUGUUAGUGGUGCUGUGGAUGGGAGCGCAGGGGCGGAUGGGAAAGCGAGUGGUUCUAGAUGCAGACGAUGCGGAGGAGGAGCAAGCGGGACCCAGUGCCAAGCGGCAAGCGCUGGCCGCACUGCACCACACAGUGUUCCCCAUUUCUGCCCUUGCACCGCACCCCACCGCACCUCCCUUGCAGAGGAAGCGAGUGGUCUUGGAUGAUGACGAUGAGGAGGAGCAAGCAGGGCCCAGUGCCAAGCGGCCUGCACUGAGAAAGCGAGUGGUGUUGGACGAUGACGAUGAGGAGGAGCAAGCGGGGCCUAGUGCCAAGAGGCUUGCAACGGGGGCGGCACCACACAAUAGGAAGCGAGUGGUUUUGGAUGACGAUGAUGAUGAGGAGCAAGCGGGGCCCAGUGCCAAGCGGCCUGCCACAGGGGCUGCAGCAGGUGGAGGGGAGAAGCAGGGAGGAGGAGGGGAGGACUCUGGCGUGCUGUGGCGGGUGAACUAUGAGGAGUUUCUUAGACGAACGAGACACCAGACCAUAGUGGACUUUGUGCGGGAGAGCAUUGACCCUGGCGCUUCCAUCAUCACAGCCGCCCUGCUCCAUGCUGGAAAGAACCAGGAAACUUCCCUUCGACACCCGUACUCAGCGUCUCUCUCCCUGGACUCAAUAGUCAAUGCAGUGCGAGGCACAGAAGACGGUCGCACCAUGGCCCUGGAUCGCAUCAGGGCAGCUCUGCAGCUGCUCGUUGCUCAUCCCAGCGCCGUGGCUUCUCGUUCCUCAGACGCUCACUACACCAUCCGUGAGUCGUCGAUCUGCGCAUGUCAAACUCCCACGGAGGGAGACUACCGUGCGUCAAUGCUUUGGGCCUUCUCUCACUCAAUGCCCCACUUCUCCAACCUGUCAACCUCGCCCGUCCCACUACUGGUCACUCAGGUGGAGGCCAUUGUUUCUCAACGUUUCGGCCCUUCUGCCUGCCGAUUGUUCCGCCUGCUGCUGUCCAAGAACUGCUUGGAGCAGAAGCAGGCGGCAGAACUUGCGAUGAUAUCUCUUGCGGACGCACGGCAGCUGCUCUACCGAAUGAUGCUGGAUGAGUUUGUGCAGCUGCAGGAAGUCCCCAAGACGGCUGAUCAUGCCCCUCAGAGGACCUUCUACCUCUGGCGCAUCCACAUUGGGACGGUUCUGCCCCGCGUGCUCAACCACAUGUGCCAUGGCGCCUGCAACCUGCGGCUGAGGCUGGAGCAUGAAAUGCAGCAGGAGCAGGAGGUGCUCUCUCUCUUGGAGCAAAUAGAACAGGCGCAUGCAGCACACAGCACAGGUGGUGCUGCCAGUUCCGCUGGUGGUGGUGGUGGGGCACCGGAGAAGGCAGUGGCGUUGACGUCAGGGCAGAGGAAGCAGCUGGAGAGGAUCCGGCGAGUCCGGUCAGGGGUGCCAUUCAGUGGUGGUGGUGCUGCUGGUGAAAGGAGGGCAGAGGAAGCAGCUGGAGAGUAUUCGGGAGUGGCGGUGGUGCUACUCUAG